AUGAACAAGUAUCCUGGAACUUAUAAUUACCUACCUUUGGGAAACGGUGUUCGAUGGUUGGUCAAGAAUGACGGAACCUUCCCUCCGCCAGAUUUACCUGACGAUGCUUUAUGCCUCACUGCUUCGGUUGAGAAAUACCGCAUGGAGACGAGGGGCAAUAUUCGAAUCCUCGAGCUUCUCCCUGGUGAAUUCAGCGAUCCGUUACGAUGCCGAUUGCGCACUGCGGCACUCGAAAGCAACCCAGUAUACGAUGCACUCUCGUACAGGUGUGGAGACCCGAAAUUCACGGGUAGAAUAAUCCUCAAGGACAAUCCAUUCCCUGUGACUCCGUCACUCGAGAAUGCUCUGAGGCAUGUGCGUCUACCACACAGUGUGCGCUAUAUUUGGGCAGACGCUGUUUGCAUUAAUCAAAGCGACGAUGAAGAACGCGGUAAUCAGGUUUAUCUUAUGAAAGAGAUAUACUCUCGAUCCAAAACUGUGAGGGUCUGGAUUGAUGUGGAGCUUGAUCCUAAGAGUCCUGUCAUUAAAAGGCUCCUCACUCUUCACCUACAAGGCACUGAGGAUCAGCUGGGCGACGAUCCUGGAUUCUGGGAGCCACUUCUCCCACUUAUUCAAAACGAGUAUUGGGACAGACUCUGGAUACAACAAGAACUUGCCUUCGCCACGAAACUGGUAUUCCACUGCUGGGGAAUAGCUAUCCCCGGUAAACGCUUGAUGGCAUUCCAACGUCAGAUGUUUCGAAAGUCGGCUCGUGACGAGGGGCCUUUCGGCGUAGACAAUGUGUGGAGUCUGUUCAGACCGCUAGUGUCAACCACCAAGGCUCCUGCACGAAACUUGGCUUAUUGGCGGGAGAUGAUGAAGAACAAGGUGCCAGUCGAUCCACAUACUCUCCAACCAGACUUUUCUCUCCUCAAGCCAAAGGCGGCCUGGCAGCUUGAUCCCAUCAAAUGGGGUCCGUCGCUUAGCACAAGUCCGAUCUAUUUGUUGGGUAUGUUGCGGCUAUCACAGGCCUUGAACGCAACGGAAGCAAGAGAUCGGGUGAUUGCCACUCUGAACCUAGUCAUCGACUAUGAUGACGAUGGAACCGAAACGAGCUACGAACAGAGCCUCACUGAACGUUACACACGCGUCACUCGACUACUGCCAUUUAAAUGCAACGACCUCCAGUUUCUGGCCCUGGCAAGAAUUCAUAACAACUCAGAUCCUACUGUCGAGGGCUUGCCUUCAUGGGUUCCAGAUUGGGGUUUACCGGGAAACGCAGACUAUUUCUCAGGCCCUUUUCACGCCGCAGGUAACUUGCCUAUGUACCAUACACCCUUUUCGGGUCUCGAAGACGAAGACGAUGUUCUACGCGCUAGGGGAUUUCGGUAUGCUAAAGUCAACGGAACACUCUCUUCUACCAACAACGCCUUCUCUCCACUCUCAGUCUUGUCACAUCUAUUGAUUUCUGCCAAUGGGUCCACUGGAUGUCAUUCGGACGAUGUCAAGAAGCUCGGAUUCACAAUCACUGGCCCAGCCAUUUCCGAGCUCCGCAUAGGUCCUGACUAUUUCAGCCGCAACGAAAUCGUUCUUUACACGGGUAUCCUGCUUGGUUACUCAGAGAUUUAA